AUGCCAUCACAAAGAAAAACAACGGCCCCUAGUCCCCAGCAGGCCUUAAGUGGUCAAGGGGUGCCAAGAAUCCCUGGAAAGUAUGCAAUAGCGGAGGGAUGUUGCAGAAAAAUUCAGAAUGGCCCCUCUAUGGUACUUAGACUUGGAACGCUCAAUGUUGGAUCACUAACUGGCCGCAGCAUGGAAAUCGCAGAAAUUCUCGAGCGCAGAAAGAUUGACAUCUGCUGCCUUCAGGAAACCCGAUGGAAAUCGAAUGGUGUCUGUCAUGUCAACUCAGACAAAGAAAAAUAUAAACUAUUCUGGAAUGGUCAAAAGACGGCCAAAAAUGACGAUCUAAAUGGCCACGUUGGAGAGAAAACAGAUUGUUUUAAUAACGUACAUGGCGGUUUUGGCUAUGGAAAACGGAAUGAAGAUGGCAACCGCAUCCUUGAGUUUGCUGAAAGUCACGGGUUUUGUUUACUGAACACAUAUUUUAGAAAGAGGUUGGAACAUCUCAUAACAUACAAAAGUGGACCAUCAGCCACGCAAAUUGAUUUCUUCGCUGUCAAGCAACCACACCGAAGGCUGUUCAAAAACGUCAAAGUUAUACCUGGCGAAUCAUGUGCAGGCAAUCAAGGUAGUGGCGGGAAUGACGAUGACGAUGGAGAUGAUGGUAACGAAGACGGGAGCAAGAAGAAGAACAUGGACAAGACUAAAAAAGAUGCAGCUGGAGAUGAAAAGUUGGGGAGAGGAUGCAGGGUUAGGAAGAAAAAGUUCAUGAAAGAGGAGGAGGCUGGCUGCCUCCCUCCUCAGUUCCGGGAAGAAGAUGCCGAAACGACCACAAUAAAAUCUGACAAGAACGGCGAAUCAAUGCAAAAAAAAGGAGAAGACAGAAGUGACUAA